UCAGUUUCUCUCAAACAUUGUUUUUCUUAUAACUCCUUCUACCAUGUUUUGGUUCUGAAAUCUCAUGGCAUGUUUAGAAAUGUACAACUCAGAGCACAAAGGUCAUCAUCAUCAUAAUCAAUAUCAUAAUCACAGCUUAUCAGUGAGUCCAAGAAUCUCAUUCUCAAAUGAUUUUGUAGACACAAAACAAGCUUCAAACCAAGAAAAACCCACUACUAGAUCAGAUGGACCAGUUUCAACUGACUUUGAGUUUUCUGUUUCAAACUACUCAAUGAUGAGUGCUGAUGAACUUUUCUCCAAAGGAAGAUUGUUACCUUUUAAGGACAGUAACAAGAAGAUUACUACUCUGAGGGAGGAACUACUUGUAGAUGAUGAUGAAGUUUGUGAGAGACAAGGUUUAUCUCUUAGGCCUCCAAAAGGGUCUUCUUCUUCUACAACAAGGUGGAAAGGGUUUUUGGGUUUGAGAAAAAGUCACAUUGGUUCUAAGAAAGUUGAAAAGAGUGAAAGUGUUGAAUCGAGAAGAUCUGGUUUGGUCAAUGACAGUGCAAGGCUUAACAUUACAACUUCACAGGAGAUUUUGAUUGAAGAAGGGUCAAAUUGCAGUGACUUUGAGUUUGGAAUAUAGAUCAAGUAAUUGAAUUUGUAGAGGAAGUGUUGUUGGGUUGAUGGUGGAAAUUAGAUUAAGGAUUUUUUUCUUUCUUUUAGUUCCCACAUUUUUGUCCUUCAGCUAUUCGGAUUAAUCAAGGUUGAAUUUAUGUUAUAAUGUUUGUUAUUAAUUGUGAGUUACUAUGGUUCUUCUACUAUCAAGGUUAAAUAUAAUG